AGAACAUAUAUCUGCCGGUUGGUUUUCAGAAAUGAGUUUUAUAUGUGGACGACGUGAUGAAGCUCUUGAACACUCUAAAAGUAAUGUGAUUAAGCUAUUCAAUAUAAUUUGGUGGUUACUUUUACUAAAACUUUUUGAUUAUGUCGAAACCUGCGUAUUUGUAUUGAGAAAGAAACAAAACCAAGUUUCUACUUUGCACGUGUAUCAUCAUGUAUCUAAUGUGACAUUUGGCUGGUUUUAUUUAAAGUACAUUUUGGAUGAAAGGGCGACAUUUAUUUCAUUGGUCAAUUGUGCUGUGCACGUAAUCAUGUACAUUUACUAUUUCCUCGCUGCAUGGAAUCUGGAAUUCCAACAGAUGUUAUCUCCCAUUAAACCAUAUAUAACUAAGUUGCAGAUGGCAAGUAUAAAUACAAUAUUUUAUAAUUAAAUUGCACGCGUAAUGUUAUUAU